CUAAAAAAUCAAACAAAAAAUUUAAACAAAACUUCGCGCAAUUUUUGUUUAAAAACAGAAAGAAACAACAAAUAAUUCAUGUCUACUAAUCUUUUGUGUUUGCUAAAUUAUUAAUCUUUCUAACAAAAUACUUGUCUUUGUUUAUUUAUCAACAAAAUCGUUAUCUUUUUAAACACAUUAAAAAAAAAACUUUCCAAAUGAAUCAUUAUGUCUCAAGAGUCCCCCAAAUCUAAACCUAGUCCAACAACUUCUCUAAAAAACAUAACAAACACUCAGCCACAGCGGCAAACAAAACGAAAUUGCGUUGUAAAAAUGCAAAAAAUCGAUAUGCUCCAAACAACAAACAAACCAACAACCAAAUUGUUAAAACGCAAAGCCAACAAAAAAUCCGAUGAAAAUGUUGUUGCGCCAAAAAAAAAACCUCUUGUCAUUGUCCAACCGGCAACAGCAACUCCCUCGACAGUUGUUCGGGAGCAUUGCGUUGAAAAUGUGAUAAAGAAAUAUGAACAAUUGCAAAAAGUUAUUAGCAACAAAUAUGUCACUGUUGUGGAUCGUCUCAAACUCAAUUAUGUUCCAUUGUGUUGUGAGAAUUUGGAGUUCUGUCACAGGAAACAUUACAAAAAAGCUCCACCUCCUAAAUUACCAAGUGUCAAUCAAAUGAAUUUUAUUAGGAAUUCCCUGCAACAAUCAAGGUACAAUGUCUUCAUAAGUCUCGUUUGGGGACUGUGUCAUAAGGAACAAUUCCCUGGGGACAUUGUUUUAACAAAUAUUGUUAAAUUGCUUCUUACUUUGAACCCGGAAAGCAAACACAAUGCCUUCCUGCAGAGUAUCAUUGACCAGCUACUCUGCCUAUUCGAUGUCAUUCUUAAAACCUUUCCACCAUGUUGGUUGGCAUUGCGAGAGAGCUACAUUCGUUUCCUCCGCAAUACUAUGGAAAUAUCCAGCCUCCUUCCCGACAAACCUCUCAACGCUGAAAAUACAAUCUUCGAAAUUGUCCUCAUGCUACUGGAAGACAAUCUGGCCGAUGAAAAUUCCAAACUGAAUCGCAGUGCCAAAAGAAGGAAAGGUGCAGCUAACACUUCCGCCUCGGCAUCGUCGUCGUCCUCAUCGAUUCUAACUCAUUUCGACAAUGAGUACCACAACAUGCAGCAUUGGGAGAAGAACGACAAUGACGAACAGACUUUCUCGGCUUUGUCAAAGACCACACGAAUUGAAAGACUUAUGCAAGUUUUACAUUUUUUGGCCAAAAUGCUGGAAAUGGACAUGGCCAUGUGGAUGUUGCGUUAUCACAAGAAUCCUACCAAACAUAUUUAUAACCCAUCGGAUCAACCGUUGGUCAUAGAACUCUUCUCAUUGUCCGAGUACAAAUGCUCCUCGGUACUGGUGAAGAAAGUAAUGUCACUGUUUUCGCUGUGCGUCGAGAAGAAUCUCCAUGAGAACUAUCUUAAUGUGAUGGAUCGUUUUAUCUCACUUUUGGCAAAUGUUCAAAACCUGUGUGAAGUUGAGAACACUUCGGCAGGCAUCAAGUAUCCACAUGUUGGACCAAGGACGUCGGCAUUUACGAUGGAUCUUUAUAAAACCGCUGAAGUUAAUAUGAAAACCAGUGUUGUCACUUACAUGCGGUUAAUAAAGCAUCUAAGCUGCCCAUUUGUGCGAUAUGAGUACAUUGAUAUGUUUUUGAAACGUUUAAACCCAGCUGCGGGCAAAAUGAGUCCUCAAAAGAUAUUCGAAAACUUCCGAAAAAGCCGAUGGUUGGAGUGUGAGCUUGAUGAAGAACGUUCCGCGGAUGAUUCGCAUUCGAAGAAAAAGUCAGUAGUUUAUCGUCAAGAUUAUUUGACGUUCAUCUUGGAAGCCCUACGAAGUUAUUGUGAUUAUUUUGCUUUGGAAGUUUUUUUUAAAGAAAUUGUCAUAUCCUCAACUAACGAGAAAGAAGACAAUAAUAACAUUUCCAUAAAUCAAAAUAAAUCGAAUGGAGAUCAAAUUGAUCUUUCGAAAAUGACAGAAAAUAUCGUAGAAUUGGAAAAAAAUUUGGAUAUGUCUGUAAAACUUCGUGUUGAAAAAGUAGAAAUUCCAACUUUAAAUAUAGCCGUUAAUGCCGAGUUACUGGCUCAGUAUCGAAAUGAUUUGAAAUAUGUUGCAAAUUUGCAUUCGUAUAUUUCAGCAUUGCAACGUGAACAUAAUGAAGAUUUCUCAGAAAUGAUUGAGUUUCUUAAGAAAUUUGCACCGAGCUAUUGAACAACUUAUUUGUUUUCUUCUUUUUGUUUUUAAAUCUUUGCCGCAUGUAUUAUAUUGAUAUUCCAGGUUUUUUUUUUUUUUUUGUUUUUAAUAAUCAAGAAGAUUUGUUUUUUCUUUGUUCUUUAAGUGAAGUUCCUUUUUUCGUCUGGAAUUUGAGAUUCGGUUUUAUGUUAUUUAAUAGUUGUUUUUAUGUUAAGAAAUAUUAAUAUAUAUAAAUCUUCUCAAAUACAAACUUGUAUCUCAGUUGGAUCGAACAAAUAGA